CACUGGUGUUUGUUUACAUUGCAAUUGUUAUAUUUUUAUUAGAUUUCAAACAUGGUUUGCGCUUUGGGCAUUGAAGGCAGUGCCAAUAAAAUAGGCAUUGGUAUAAUCAAAGAUGGUGAAGUGCUGGCCAAUGUGCGGAGAACUUAUAUAACGCCACCGGGAGAAGGUUUCCUGCCCAAGGAGACGGCCAAACAUCACAGAGAAGCCAUUCUGGGCUUGGUCAAGGCCAGCUUAAAGGAGGCACAGCUAGAACCCUCCAACUUGGAUGUCAUUUGCUACACAAAAGGACCAGGAAUGGCUCCUCCGCUGCUGGUGGGCGCAAUCGUGGCCCGCACGUUGUCCCUUUUGUGGGACAUUCCUCUGCUGGGCGUGAACCACUGCAUCGGACACAUCGAGAUGGGUCGCCUGAUCACCGGGGCCCAGAAUCCCAUAGUGCUCUAUGUGAGCGGUGGAAAUACCCAGGUGAUUGCCUACUCCAAUAAGCGAUAUCGCAUCUUUGGCGAAACCAUCGACAUCGCGGUGGGCAAUUGCCUGGAUCGAUUCGCCCGCAUCAUCAAACUGUCCAACGAUCCCAGUCCGGGCUACAACAUCGAGCAGCUGGCCAAGCUUAGCAAUCGGUAUAUUAAACUGCCCUAUGUGGUCAAAGGCAUGGAUGUGAGCUUCUCGGGGAUUCUGUCCUAUAUUGAGGAUCUGGCUGAACCUGGCAAAAGGCAGAACAAGAGGAAGAAGCCGCAAGAGGCGGAGGUCACUGACUACAGCCAAGCGGAUCUUUGCUAUUCGCUGCAGGAGACCAUCUUUGCCAUGCUAGUGGAGAUCACAGAGCGCGCCAUGGCCCACUGUGGCUCCAAUGAGGUCCUCAUAGUAGGAGGCGUGGGCUGCAAUGAGCGACUCCAGGAGAUGAUGCGUAUUAUGUGCGAGGAGCGCAAUGGAAAACUCUUCGCCACGGAUGAACGUUACUGCAUAGACAACGGCUUGAUGAUAGCCCAUGCCGGGGCGGAGAUGUUUCGCUCGGGCACCAGGAUGCCCCUGGAGGAAGCCUUUGUGACCCAGCGUUUCCGCACGGACGAAGUGCUAGUCAGCUGGCGCGAGGACUAAUCACAAAAGAACUAUUCAGUGUGCUUUGUUUGUUUAUUAAAUAACUAAUUUCCAUAA